CUUGCGCGGAUGCACGAGUGCGCGCACCGGGACCACUGUUCGCUUGUAGUACCCUACUUUCCUUCUCUUUCGCAUUCUCGGGCGAAAAGUAAGGAUUUAAAUCUUUAGGUUCUUCACUUUUCAUUGCAAACGAACUUAUAGAACCUUGCAAACGAACUUUUUAACUACAAACUAUAGACACAUAAACAUUUUCUGUUUAUUGUUUUUCACUCGCCUCAAAAACAAGGGAAGUCACUCGGUUUGCGUGGCAGCAGUUACUUCCCCUACAAUCAUGGCCACGAUACAAACAGCGAAAGCUGUGAUGAGAAAGAAAUGCAGACACACUCUGUCUUUAAUACCAGACGAAGACAAAAUCAAACAAUCAGAGAUCAUUUCGAGAAAGUUGAUGAAUCUACCAGAAUUUGAAGCCAGUAAACGAAUCUCAAUCUACCUGAGUACUUCUGAUGAGGUGCGGACAGAAUCAAUUAUGAAGAAAAUACUGGCUUCCAAUAAGACUUGUUUCAUUCCACAUUAUAGUGGCACAAGCAUGAAAAUGGUAGCACUAAAGUCUCUAGAAGAUUAUGAAAAUCUUCCAUUGACUAAUUGGAAUAUAAAGCAACCUAGUGAUGAUGAUGUUCGCACUGAUGCUCUAGAAACUGGUGGCUUAGACCUAAUUGUGAUGCCUGGGCUUGCAUUCUCCUUGGCUGGAGCUCGUCUUGGGCGAGGCAAAGGCUACUAUGAUGCCUACCUGAAAAAAUGCUAUGAAUAUGGUAACAAACCUAUUACAAUUGCUUUGUGUUUCCAUCAAAUGUUAUUUGAUAACAUCCCUGUUAUACCAGGUUCCGAUAUGUUUGUCAACAAGGUUAUUUACCCAGAUGAAGCAGAUCUCAUGGAGAGCAGAACUAGAUGAAAGCUUUGGCCCUUGUCCAUUCCACCUAGGUUUCACCUGUGAUUGAUAUGUGUGUAUGUAUGUGUGCGUGUGUGUGUGUAUAUAUAUAUAUAUAUAUAUAUAUAUAUAUAUAUAUAUAUAUGUAUAUAUGUAUAUACAU